GUUGCGCCAAGCGGAGCUGCGCAUGCGCGGUGAGUGUGCGGGCGCAGCUCCGCCGUGGUUUCGGUUGAACGUUGAAGCAGCCAGUCGACCGUUGGCUUCAACGAGUGUUUCCACAAUGUCUGGAGGUUUACGGUAACGGAAUAGGAGCCGAGCGGAAACACCGGAGCAGCGUUACGACUAAAAGACGAGGCCUUCCCUUCCUGCACUGUGACGUCACACCUCACCUGCCUCACCUGCAGACUGCACAGCUGAAGGCAGAACAAGAUCUGCGUUCGACUGAAAAUAAUCCGGACGGAAAAAAGAAGAGGAGGAUCGGUCCUGAUUCCCACUGGUCCUCCAUGGAGGAGUGAAGGUUUUCCCAACCUGCCGGCAGAAAGCGAUGUGUUUAGGAGCUGGAGGCCGUCGCAGCGUCAGCAGAGUGUGUGUGGGGCUCCUCCUCUCCCUCCUUCCCAGCAGCCCUACUGACAUGGGAUGCCCGCCCCUUGCCUCCCUGCCCUGAGCUCUCCUGGGGCGCCAUGAACAGCUACAGAGACAGAGGGGUCACCUGCACCUCCUCAGACCUCCUGGAUGGAGGAGGAGGAGGGGUGUUGCCCCAACACACUCCGUUUCGUCACACCCCUAAUGGCCACCCGGCAGCAGGGCCCACCGACCCGGCCAUGCAGCCACGCGUCUCCGUGCCUAAAAUGGGUGUUCGGGCUCGGAUCAAAGAGUGGCCCCCACGCCGCGCGCAGUCCAGGGAGUCGCUGCUCGAAAACGGGCAAAUUAGCAGCAUUCGCCACGGAGACGACGGCUCCGCUUCGUUUUCCUCGUCGGUUCUGUCGUCCGACAUGGGGCUGGUGCGGGGCGGAGUCACCAGGUUGCCACGGCGAAGGUCCAAGGAUGUGGAGUUCAGAGGAGGAGGGUUCAGCGUUGAAAGAAAUCCUCCGUUUAGCCUGAGAGUGUUCCCUCCACUGAGGCAGCGCUCCAACAGCGAGGUGACGCUGAGCGAACAGGACGAGAACGAGGUGGAGGUUCGUGGAGGUGUGGGGAUGGUGAAUCUGUUCAGAGAGUACGGCAGCACCUCCUCCAUCGACAUCCAGGGCAUUCCUGAGCAGAGCUUCUUCGACAUGCUGAGCCAGUUCCACCAGGAGAGACCCGACCAGCGCAGCUCGGCUCCCGUACGCCUCGGGGAGCUGCUGCGAGCUCCGGACUCGCCGAGCGCACCCCUCCCCUCUGCUCCGUCACCUGGCCCCACAGGUGGGGACGACAGAGGCACGGGGAGGAAGGACGGAGCUGAGAGAGUGAGGAAGAAAAGUGGAGGGACGGAGUCGUCACUGGGCACCUCCUCUCUGUUCAGGAAGCUGAGGAGCUCGAGUCGCGGCGAGCUGGACGGAGGGAAAGGAGAGACUGGUGAGGAGAGAGGAGGUCGGGGGUCAGACGCCUCCUACAAGCCCUGGGUCUGCCCAAAGAGCUUCGUCCACUUUGAUGCUCAGAGCAUCCUGUUUGACCUCCAUGAGGCGGCGGCCCAGCAGGGCUACGCUGCCCAGAGGAGGAACACGGCCACGGGGGCCUCAGCUGCGUCCGUGUCCCUGUCCGUCUCCAGGUCCUCGGCUCCCAGCGUCAACGACCCGGUUUACUCCAGCAUAGAGGAUCUGACCAUGAGCCUGGACCCCGGCGCCAUGACCCCCUCCCUGGGCGUGGACCCUCUGGACGGGCCUCCUGGAGCCCACAGCUCCAGCCAGCUGCUCCUCUGCUGCCCUCACUUCCUCAACGAGACCGGGGGACACGGGGAGCGCAACAUCAGCUUCCUCAGCUCCUCUGCAGAGCGAGACGGAGGAGGAGGAGGAGACGGAGCGAGGGGCUGGCUGAGGAGGAGUAACGCCAGCGUGUCGGUGCUGGAGGUGCCUAUUGAGCAGCAGGUUACCAGACUGGAGAGACUGAAACUGUACGGCAUCGAGCAUGUGGACCUGGGGGCCCGCUACUACAGAGACUACUUCCAUGGGAAAGAGCACUCUAACUACUUUGGGACUGAUGACAAGCUGGGCGCUGUGGCCGUUAGCAUCCGCAGGGAGAAACUGGAAGACACCAAAGACCUGAAAGACCAGUACCAGUACCGCCUCAUCGUCAGAACCAGUGAGCUUGUGACCCUGCGAGGCUCCAUCUUAGAGGACGCGGUGGCGUCCACGGGGAGGCACGGCACGGUGCGGGGUCUGCCGCUCAAGGAGGUCCUGGAGCAGGUGGUCCCCGAGCUCAACGUGUCCUGUUUGAGACUGGCCCUCAGCACACCCAAAGUCACCGAGCAGCUCCUUAAACUGGACGAACAGGGGUUGAGUCAGAAGCACAAGGUGGGUGUUCUGCUGUGCCGUGCGGGCCAGAGCACCGAGGAGGAGAUGUACAACAACGAGGAGGCGUCGCCCGCCUUCUCUGCCUUCCUGGAGCUGCUCGGGGAGCAGGUGCUCCUCAAAGGAUUCACCAAAUACGCUGCACAGCUGGACACAAAGACGGACUCUACGGGGACCCACUCCCUCUACACGACCUACCAGGGCUACGAGGUCAUGUUCCACGUGUCCACCAUGCUGCCGUACAUGCCCAACAACCCUCAGCAGCUCCUGAGAAAGAGGCACAUAGGGAACGACAUCGUCACCAUAAUCUUCCAGGAGCCGGGAGCGUUGCCUUUCACCCCGCAGAACAUUCGCUCACACUUCCAGCACGUCUUCGUUAUUGUCCGUGUGCACAACCCCUGCUCUGAAGGCACCUGUUACAGCGUUGCUGUGACCAGAAUGAAAGACGUGCCUCCCUUCGGUCCGCCCAUCCCCAGCGGCGUCACCUUCCGUGACCCGGAGACCUUUCGUAACUUCCUUCUAGCCAAAGUUAUCAAUGCAGAAACUGCAGCGCACAAGUCUGAGAAGUUCCACACCAUGGCCACACGGACGCGGCAGGAGUACCUGCGUGACCUGGCCGAGAACUACGUCAGCAGCACGCCGCUCGACUCGGCCGGCAAGCUCAACAACCUCAUCUCCCUGGCGUCUAAGAAACGGGAGCGCUCCAAGGCGAGAGAGGGGGCGGAGCUGGGAGCCGCGGGGGCCGUGGCCUGGAGGGUCCUGGCCCAGGACUUCAGCGGAGGAGGGACGGAGCUCCCCUGUGCCUUGGGUCUGUCCGCCGAGUACGUCCUCCUGACGGACUGCUCCACCAAAGAGGUGGUGUUCAACUGUUUCUGUGCGGACGUGAUCGGCUGGACCCCGGAGCGGCUCACGCUGAAGAUCUUCUACGGCAGAGGAGACCACAUCGCUGUCCGGGUCCCAGAGGGCUGCGCACAGGACGUCAGGGAGGUGGUGCAGAGGUUAAAGUCGUUGACGGUGGGAUGUGAGACGGUGGACAUGACUCUGAGGAGAAACGGACUGGGACAGCUGGGCUUCCAUGUUCGUCUGGACGGCACCGUGGCCGAGGUGGAGGAAUAUGGCUUUGCGUGGCAGGCGGGACUGAGGCAGGGCAGCCGGCUGGUGGAGAUCUGCAAGGUGGCGGCGGUGACGCUGACCCACGAGCAGAUGAUCGACCUGCUGAGGACCUCGGUCACGGUCAAAGUGGUCAUCAUCCCUCCGUACGAGGAGGGAGGGCCUCGGAGGGGCUGCACAGAGGAGUAUGAGAUGAAGACCAUGGAGCAGAAGCCAGAACCUGAGCCUCUGGCCGUAGGCUACCGGCCCUCGCCGCGCCCCACGUGGCGAUGGGACAGUCCUCCUAUUCCUCCAGGGCUCCACAGUGCCCCCAACCCUCAGCGCUGGGCCCCCAUGGGUCCCCCUCCUCCUCUGCCCCGCUCACACAAGGCCCUGAUGCCUGUUCCCUACAGGGAGCCCCAGCACCUCAACUCCAAGAGGCCGGUGAGCUACCCGGAGAACCACUACACUCUGUCUCCUGCAGGAGGCGACAGAGUGCUGCCCUACAGGAACCCCUCAGCCAGCUUCUCCUCCCCCUCCUCAGGCCUGGUGGGCCUCUCCACCAUGGGGCCGCCUGGAAUCACACCGGGGCCCUUCGUACGCUACAAACCCUCACCUGACAGGUAUGGAGCAGGACAGCGCCCCCUGCUGCCCUACGAGCCCCACCUCAGCGUGGACAUCACCUCCAGUGGAGAGUCUUCCUCAGGCUUCACCAGUCAGGAGAGCACCAUGGAGCGCUGCAAAACAGAACCCCUCUGGCACGUCCCAGUGUCGUCGUCUCGGGGACCUGGUGGAGGAGGGGGACAGAGGAGGAUCCCCAGACAGGAUGUCCCAGGAAAAGACUCUCCAAACAGACACUCCAAGGGAGAGACUCAGUACUCGAGCCACUCCAGCAGCAACACGCUGUCCAGCAACGCCUCCAGCAGCCACAGCGACGAGCGCUGGUUCGACGGCGGGGCCGGAGGGGAGCGAGGAGGCGGGGGCUGCAUGGGAGACGCAGCCGACCCCGACCCCGACCUCCUCAACAAGGGGGGGUCUAACGACAGCGGCAUCGACGCCUCCACCCACUACAACAACGCUCGCCACGCCAACAUGUCCAACAGCCAGUCCCUGAAGCCCAUGCACGGCUUCGUGAGCUACAGCGGCGUCCAGGAGCUGUCGGUGGGACGGAGCAGCGGCGGCAGCAGCGGCAGCGGAGAAGCGAGGAGGCGAGAGUCUUCACCCAUCAUCCCACCCGCAGCCAAUCAGAACAAAGGGUACCGGACCAGGACGUUCCCGCCUCCUGGCUCCAGCGCUGAUAAAAUGGAUGCUUUCAAACCUCGCGCCUACACCCCGCAGGGUUACAAGACUCCGUCAGCGGAGAAAGCCCGGCCCGUCCGAACCGUAACCACGCCCACUUCAGCCCAGUUCGGCUCCAUCCCUCUGUCCAGCUCCGCCCCCAAGGCCUUCUACGGGAAGAGCAGACAAGCCGCCUGGCAGAACGACGACAGCAGCGCGUCACCUUCAAACGCCAUGACGCCCGACAGCAGCCACAGCAAGAAGCAGGUGGACACAAACUCAAAGAACGUGUUUGGACAACCGCGUCUCCGAGCCUCGCUGAGGGACCUUCGUUCUCCACGACGGACGUACAAGAGCACCAUCGAAGACGACCUGAAGAAACUGAUCAUCAUGGACCCGGGAGAGAUGCCACAGAGAGACCCAUCUCCCAGGAGAACGCUGCAGAGAACCUUCUCAGACGAGUCUCUGUGCAGCGGGCGGCGGGAGGCCAGCUUCGACAACUCUGAGAACCCGUCGACGCCCACUGACGUCCUGUUCACCUGCACGCUGCCCACGCGCCGCCACGCCGUCUCCUCCAACCACAUGCAGAACAAGAAGGUGCCUCUGUCUGCCUCGGAGCUGUCUCUCACUGAAGUCAGAGACAAAGUUCCUCCUCUGAGGAGGCUGGACCCGGGUCUGAUGCCCCUCCCUGAUACGGCCUGUGGACUGGAGUGGACCAGCCUGGUCAACGCCGCUAAAGCCUACGAAGCACAAAGAGCCGUUUCUCUUUUCUCGCUGACUGAACCGCAGCUGGGAGGUCCAGACAUGAGGCCGGUCGUCAGUCCGGUCCAGUUCCAGACUCCUCAGACGCCGCGGACCACGCCGACCUUCAGCGGCGACGAGGUGCCCAACGAUCUGUCUGGUCGCCUCUACCACCUGGAAGUGAUGCUGAAACAGCUCAACAAUGAUCUGGAGAGAGAGAAGCAGGAUAAAGUGGUUCUGAUGGCGGAGAUGGCCAACCUGAGGGAGAACAACCAGCGGCUGCAGGAGGAGAGCGUGACGGCCAGCGAGCAGCUGCGCAAGUUCAGCCGCCUUUUUGAUAACGGCGACAAAUCUGACAGCGACCACGAGGCUCACUCUUUAACGGUCUCAAAGAGGGAGUGAAACCUGCAGGAGAAGAAGAGUUAGGCCCCAGAGGGAGGCGACUGUGAGGCACACGGGACUCCUUGCAUACACAGUGGCGGCGGCGGCGGCGGCG